AUGAGGCUCCCCUCACUGUUUGGGCCUGCGACGGCUGGCUCGUCGACAAUUACUCGGCUUUGGCUCUUGGGCCAAUUGUCUUGUGCUUCUGCAUUGACGUUCCAUCCUAUCGCUAAACCGGACCUAGAUCUCUCACGCCUCGGCCAGGUUGCUCUUGCAGGAGACUUUGAUGCAUUAACGUUCUACUCGUACGAAGAACAGUCAAACGCACCCUCAAAUGACGAUGACUCUCAAUCUAUCCUCGCCCCUCUUCCGAACGGAAUCCUUACUAGCCUGUCAAACACCGACGCCGAUAUCAACGCACUGUGCGCCUUCACCAAACAGGAUGAAAAUCAUGCUGGGAUCUAUAUCGGUGGCAACUUCACGAGCCUUGGUGAUGACAAGGUUCGGGGAAUUGCAUUUUAUGAUCCAAACUCGAACAAGGUGACCACUAUGCCAGGUCUUUCGGGCUCUGUAUCGGCCUUACUUUGCGACCAGGACACCAACACCGUCUACGUUGGCGGCGAGUUUAAGCAAGGCAAUAUAUCAAAUGCGGCAGCUUGGACUGUCGGUGAAGGCUGGAAACACCUAUCAUUUGGUGGACUUAACGGACCGGUCAAUUCGAUUGUUAAGAACGACGAUGGUAAUAUUGUAUUCGGUGGUGCUUUUGAUGGUAUCGGCAACUCAACCUCUAAGAAAAUCGAACAAGUUAUAAACCUUUCGAAUGCAACAAUCUCUUCCAGUACGACUUCCACAAGAAGCGGCUUCACCGACCCUCAGAACAUCAUUUGCCAGACCGGCGGCGACGGGGGUGCGGGUGAAACAUGGCUAUUAGCGGACCAUGCCCAGGGUUACUGGCGUGCGGAUAUGCGCUACAACUUCAACCCGACCAAGCUGCGCGUGUAUAACACACAUUUUGAAGGAAGAGGCACAAAGUCCUUCUUGUUCAGAAGGCUACCCGACAACGGAAUCAUGAACAUGACAUAUACCAACCCAGAUACCGAUGACGAAGUUAGUUGCGACCAAUAUUGCUCACUCCCGGACGACUCGAAGGAGGAGUAUCGCGAUUUCCAUUUUGUUAACCCUGUUGGUAUGUCUGGGUUCAUGUUCGAAGUUCGCGACUAUUAUGGCGCUGGCGCGGGCUUGAAUGGCAUCCAAUUGUUUACGCAAGAUGUCUAUACCUACGCUAUCAAUGACUUCAACGAACCCACUUGCGGGGAUGAUGGUGAUUCGUCUAAAGCUACGCAAUCAGGAUCAUGGACUGUGACGGAAGCUGACGAUAGCCCAUCUGACUACCUCACGGCACACGUAUCCGACUCCGACGCAGCCAGUACAUCUAUCGUUUUUGAGCCGAAUGUCCAACGUUCUGGAAAAUACUCUGUUCUCGUUUAUACGCCUGGUUGUACGCAGGAUGGGUCUUGUGGUUCUCGGGGCAUUGUCAAUGUUACGGCCACCGUCGAUGCUGAAUCUGAUGAGCCUGUUGAGGCCCACCUGUACCAGACUAACAACUAUGAAAAGUACGAUACCAUCUACACUGGCCAUGUUGACGUUAGUGAUAAGUCAUUCCGUCCCCGAGUGACAUUGACUCCGAUUCCUGGCCAAGGGGAUAUCACUAUGGUGGCCUCACGGGUCAAGUUUGAGCUCCAUUCUCCUAAAAAGUCAAAUGGGACUAGUGGGACGAGCGAUGAUGAUGAUGAAUUGAAUGGCUUAUUCGAAUAUGACCCGACUUCGAAGAAGCCAACUACCAAUCUGAUGGACUCUUCGAUCAAUAGCGCGGGCAAACAGCUGGAUUCGAGCGCUUCAAUCAACAGCCUGGUGAGCCAUGCAGGGGUAGUGUACGCUGCCGGGAACUUUUCGAAAUCUGAUAUCAGCAACGUUUUUUCGCUCGAACGAGACGCCAAUGCUACCGCAAUGCCCGAAGGAGGGCUAAACUCGGAGGUUAUUACAAUGUCGGUGCUUGAUGAAAAGUUGUAUGUUGGCGGAAACUUCACUGGGACAUCUGACGAUGCAAACGACAAACUCAGUCAUGUUGCCUCCUACUCUUUCGACUCCAAAUCCUGGUCCGCUCUUGGAGGGGGAGUGAAUGGGCCUGUCAAACGAGUCCUCGCACUUCCGCUGAACAUCUCUACUGACGUCAACGAGACAAUUGUUGCUGUCAGUGGUGAAUUUGACCAAUUGCUUGCCUUUGACAAAUAUCCCGCAGUAGCAGUCUCUGGCUUCUCUGCAUGGGUUCCAUCGCGCAACAACUGGCUUCAGAACCUCAAUGUUACCCAGACACAAUUUUCAGGUCAUCUCUCGGCAUUUGCUAAGUUUAACGGCACAACGAUUCUUGGUGGAAGCCUCGUCUCAGGAGGAAUGGCUGCUGGCGGAGCGGUAUCGCUACUUCAAGAUGAUGAACUUCAGCUUGAUCCUUUGUUGACUAGCGCGCAGUCAACAGGUAAUAUCAUUACUGGGAUAUAUGACACGAGCUCUGACCGCAACCUGACCAUCCUCGGAGGCCACUUCAACGCGACGACCAACGGCUCUACAGUACGUAAUCUGGCCAUCUUGGAUGGUAGCAAGGGUUCUAUCAGUGGCCUGGGGGAUGGAAUUGAUAGUAACUCGACGUUCUUGUCUUUCGCCGUUUCAAGUGAUAUCCUGUACGCCGGCGGGAUGGUUACUGGAAACGUGGGUGAUGAUAGUCCACUAAAUGGACUGGUCUUAUACGAUCUCGAGAAUGGGACCAUCGCAAAAUACCAGCCUCCCAUGCUAAAUGGCGACAAUGUUUCUGUGAACGCGUUUGCUUAUCGUCCUGACUCCGAAGAGAUGUACGUCGGCGGGCAGUUUUCGGCCGCUGGAUCUCUUCCGUGUCCUGGUGUCUGUUACUUCGAUACCGAGGCACAGCAAUGGAACCGACCUGGAGCUGAGCUGUAUGGGAACAUCCUGGCGCUUGAGUGGGCUAGCAAAAACACAUUAAUCGCCGUUGGUAGCCUGACCGUGGGAGGCACUGAGACUGCAGUUGCAACCUAUUCCGCCAAAGAAGAAAAAUGGAGUGUUUUUGAAGGAGCUUCAAAAUCGGCCAUUCCAGGCAAUGUGACGGCCUUUAGCCCGGCUAGCGCGGACAUCUCAACGUUUUGGCUUGCGGGACAGUCGGAAGAUGGGACUAAUUUUGUCGUCAAUUACGACGGCUCCGCCUUCCAAGCACCUCAAAAAAUAUUUGGCGAUGGAACCGUUAUCCGUGGACUUGAGGUUCUUCCUCUAGCCAACGACCAUUACCACACUGAUUUACUCAACAAGGACCUGGCUCUCUUGGUUACCGGUGAAGUCGCUGUUCCAGACUUUGGUACCGCGUCAGCUGCUCUGUUUAAUGGCACCGCGUUGACUCCGUUUAUUCUCACCUCUACGCCUGAUGGCCAACCUGGCCGCAUGUCGCGCAUGUUCUAUGAAAACAGCAACCCAUAUGCUAGAGAAACCUCACAUCGGUCAAACGGAAUCGUCGUUUUGGUAGCCUUUUGUUGUGCGCUUGGCUGCGUUUUCCUGAUUGUCAUCGCUGGUGUUAUUUUCAAUAAGAUCCAGCGCCGCCGCCAGGGCUAUAUGGCGGCCCCUCAAGCGGCUGGAACGGAUCGACCGACAUCGAUGCGCCGGCUCCCUCCCGAGUACCUAUUCAACUCCCUGAAACAGCCGAACCCCGGGGCACCGACUGUAUGA